AUGUUUAGAAUUGGUAGUAAUGGCGCACAAAAACAUCUCUUUUCCUUCAGAUUUCAGCUCUUUUACUCCACUGUUCCAGCGGCAACGAGUUCCAGUGCCAAUGUAUUGGUAGACUUCAUGGUGAAUUCACUUGGUUUCUCAACACAAGAAGCCAUUUCUACCAGCUGCAAGGUAACUCUUUCAAGACUCAGAAACUAUGAGCCCCAUUUGUUACUUGAUGUCUUUGACCAAAUGGGUAUUAACAAAUUACAGAUCAAAACCCUCAUUUCUUCUACCCCUAAAUUGUUGAUUUGUCGUGUUGACAAAAACCUUCAACCCAAAAUUAAGGUUUUACAACAACUUGGCUUAUCUGGCUCUGACCUUGUUACAUUAAUCAAGAAAAAUUUCUUAACAAGAGGUUUACAUACUAUUAUAGAACCUAAUCUUGUUUAUCUAAGGGAGUUGUUGGGCAGUCAUGAUUCUGUAGCUGGAAUUGUUAUGAAAGAGCCUAGAUUGCUUGGCUGUAAUCUCCCUAAAAUUAUGCCACCCAAUAUAUCAUUUUUGCAAAAUCUUGGCUUUUCAAGAAAGGAUAUUGAUAAGGCUUUCCAUCGGCGUCCUAGGUUUCUGCUUAAUAACCCUGAGUGGCUAGAGAGAGCAGUGCAUCGACUAGAAAUUAAUUUUCGUAUGCCUCCCGUGUCACUGACGUUUCUUCACGCCGUAGAAGUACUUGGGUCGUUUGAUGAAUCGAAAUUAGAAAGGAAAUUUGAUAUAUACCGGAGUUUUGGAUGGCCUGAUUCUGAUAUCUGCAAGAUGGUGAGAAAGCUUCCUUACUGUUUGACUACAUCAGAGGCUAAGAUAAGGAUUACAUUGAAGUUUUUCAUGAACGAACUGGGGUAUGAACCUAGUUAUCUGGCUUCUCAUGCGCCACUUUUAAAGUAUAGUUUGGAGAAGAGGGUCAUGCCCAGGAAUGAAAUCUUGAAGUUUCUUAAAGAAAACCAACUGGUAAAAGGGAAGCUAUGUCUUUACACUGUUGUCAAAUGUACUGAAUUGCAAUUCCUAGAGAAAUAUGUGUUGCCUUUUAGGGCGAAGAUGCCUGAGGUGUAUGAUUUAUACAUGAAAACUAGAAGCUAG